UUCGAAGAAAGUUCAACUAAGCAUAUCUGGAACUGACAAGAAAGAAUAUUUCCUACAAAACGUAAGAACGGUUGAGAAUCUUGGGCUACCCCGACAAAGUUUGGACUACCAGGAUAUCUCCCAUCGAUUUCCGUUCCUGCGUCGUCUUCCGAUUCAGGGCUACAGCAAGGCAUUACCCAGGAUCUUAAUCGGGGUCGACAAUGCGCGACUGAAACUGCCACAAAAAAAACGGGAGAGGAGAGAUACGGAGCCUGUGGCCAUAAAAACGCGUUUGGGAUGGACUAUAUAUGGAGGACAACGUGAACAUGGCGGAAUCGAUCGAGUCAUGAUUCAUGUCUGUAACUGUUUGGAAAAUCAAAAGCUCAAUGAUCUGGUAGAAAAUUAUUUUGCCCUGGACAACGUUGGCACUGGUAACCUGGUAAUACCAGAGUCUGAUGAAGAUCAACGAGCGCGCAGGAUUCUCCAACAAACUACAAAACGAACAGAUUCCGGCAGAUUUCAGACUGGGUUACUUUGGAAGACCGAUGAAGUCGAAUUUCCAGAUAGCUAUCCGAUGGCUGCACGGUGACUUAAAUGUUUAGAACGUCGACUUCAAAUGGAGCCGGAACUGCGAAAAAUAGUUUCUGAACAAAUUAUCGAAUAUCAGGAACGCGGAUACGCCCAUAAAGCAACCACCGAAGAGCUACGUGAGACGAAUUCUAAGAGGGUGUGGUACUUACCACUGGGUGUAGUUCGAAACCCCCGCAAACCCAAUAAAGUUCGUGUUGUAUGGGAUGCCGCCGCUACGGUCGCAGGAAUUUCUCUCAACUCCGCUCUAUUGAAAGGACCUGAUCUACAUACGCCCCUUUUAUCGGUUCUAUGUCGUUUUCGCCAAAAGCAAUUUGCCAUAGCGGGUGAUAUUCGGCAAAUGUUUCACCAACUAUUAAUUCGAGAAGAAGAUCGACAAUCGCAAAGGUUCUUGUGGCGAACUGAUACAGCAUCUGCCCCGGACGUCUAUGUCAUGGAUGUGGCCACGUUUGGAGCAACCUGUUCUCCGUGUUCGGCGCAGUAUGUAAAGAAUACAAAUGCAAUGGAAUUCGCCGAUCGUUACCCAGAGGCGUCGUUAGCUAUUAUUAAUAACACAUACGUCGAUGACUAUUUGGAUAGUAGAGACACCGUCGAGGAAGUGGUAAGCUUGGCAUGCAACGUUCGGACAAUUCAUAGUGAGGCUGGCUUUGAGAUCCGGAACUGGCAGUCAAACUCGGAGCAGGUUCUCACACGGGUCGGGGGAGAAACCUCCAAUGUAAUAAAACAUUUCACGUCUGAGAAAACUACAGUGGCUGAGCGAGUACUGGGUAUGAUUUGGAUUCCAAAUGAGGACGUCUUUGCAUUCACCGCACAAUUCCGACCAGAUCUUCAUUUGCUGCUCACUGGAGAUACUAUUCCUACUAAGCGUCAAGUGCUUCAAGUUGUGAUGAGCCUUUUUGAUCCACUCGGUAUAAUCGCUACCUUCACAAUCCACGGAAAAAUCCUCAUUCAAGACCUGUGGAGAUCUGGAAUUGGGUGGGAUGAUCCGAUUAGAGAUGCUGACUUCGCUAGCUGGCAACGUUGGGUUAAGCUGACACCAGAAUUAGACCGAGUCAAGAUCCCCAGAUGCUACUUCCCAAAUUACGAUCAACAUAGCUACCAAUCAUUACAAUUGCAUGUGUUCGUAGAUGCGAGCGAGUUGGCGUAUUGCUGUGUUGCAUAUUUUCGAAUCGUCGAUGGUGAUGGUACUGCAAGAUGUUCUCUGGUAGCCUCCAAAGCAAAAGUAACUCCACUACGACCACAGACGAUCCCGAAAAAUGAACUAAACGCUGCCGUGAUGGGUGUACGUCUUAUGAAAACAAUAUCGGACGCCCAUAACCUUCCGAUUCAGAAACGGUUCAUCUGGACCGAUUCAACGACUGUACUAUCUUGGCUCAAAGCAGACCCUCGAAAAUAUCGCCCCUAUGUAGCAUUUCGGGUUGCAGAAAUAUUAACCGAAACCAAACUUGAAGAAUGGCACUGGGUCCCGACUCGUAUGAACAUCGCUGAUGAAGCAACAAAAUGGGGUGGUGGACCAUGUUUCGACCCUCAUAGCUGUUGGUUUCGCGGUCCAGAUUUCCUUCUUCUUCCAGAGUCACAGUGGCCAAUGAGUAAAUUUAAUUUCGAAGAACCGACUGAGGAAUUACGGGCUGUUCACGUGCACCUAGAAGUUCAAGAUCAAACUGUCGUAGCCUUUUCAGAUUUCUCUCGCUUCGAAGACUUGUUGAAAAGGCUGGCCUAUGUUCAUCACUUCGUGAACAAAUGCCGGUUACAAAAAAGAACACCAGUGCAAACCCGCAUUGCGUUACUGAAUCAAGAAGACUAUAAGGCUGCGGAACGAAGUUUAUGGCGGAUGGUCCAGGCUGAGGCGUAUCGCGAAGAAAUAAAGAUUCUAAAAUCUAAUGCUCAACUACCGAUAAACCAGCACAGACAACUAGCAAACGCUAGCACUCUGAAGGCUUUGUCACCAUUUAUAGACGAAGAUGGUGUUCUACGACUGGAGAGUAGAAUCGAUCCGGAGGCCACAUACUACUGUUUUGACUUCCGCAAUCCGGUAAUCCUUCCUCGGCAAAGCUACGUGACGGAACUACUUAUACUUCGCACCCAUCAACGCUAUGGUCAUGGCAACAAAGAGACAGUGCUAAAUGAGAUCAAGCAGAGAUUUUACGUGCCAAAGUUACGUUCGCUGAUUAGUACGGUUGUGAAAAAAUGUAUGUGGUGCCGUGUCUAUCGAGCCAGACCUAGCGAACCGAGAAUGGCCCCACUCCCUCAAGUGCGAGUCUGUCCAUAUAUACGCCCUUUCACGUUCACAGGUGUGGACUACUUUGGGCCGCUAGUAGUGAAGAGAGGAAGAACUAACGUAAAAAGAUGGGUGGCAUUGUUCACCUGCCUCACGGUACGUGCCGUUCAUCUGGAGGUGGUACAUUCGCUGUCUGCGGAGUCCUGUAAAAUGGCACUACGUCGAUUCAUUGACAGAAGAGGAACCCCUCAACAGAUUUUCAGCGAUAAUAGUACCAACUUUCGUGGAGCAGCAAGGGAGAUAGCCGAGGAAAUCAAAAACAUUAACCGUGAAUUGGCGGGCAUAUUCACCAAUGCUGAAACAGAGUGGCACUUCAUUCCACCGUCCGCUCCCCAUAUGGGUGGUGUAUGGGAACGGAAAGUUCGGUCCGUCAAAGAGGCAUUCAAAGUGCUAUCACAUCGCGAUAAGCUGGACGACGAAGGAUUCGUGACGCUUAUGACUGAGGUGGAGAUGAUGAUAAACUCCCAUCCUUUGACGUUUGUGCCGUUGGAAACGCCUGAUCAAGAAGUUAUUACUCCAAACAAGUUUCUUCUUAUGAGCUCGGCGGGGGGAAACAAUCCAAAUAAAAUUCCAAUACAGCUAGAAACUUCUCUGCGAACGAAUUGGAAAUUGAUGCAACAUCUUCUGAAUCAAUUUUGGUCACGUUGGAUCAAAGCUUACCUUCCAACCAUUGCGAGGCGAACAAAAUGGUUUUCGCAUACUAAACCGCUGCAAACCGGUGAUCUUGUCAUCGUGGUCAACGAAUCGGUAAGAAACGGAUGGAUUCGAGGGCGUGUUAUUAAGGUAUACGAGGGGCCCGACGGUCAGGUGCGCAAGGUAGAUGUUGAAACCAAUGCGGGUACCCUUCAAAGGCCGGCGAUCAAGGUGGCUCUUUUGGACGUGCUCGAAGGUAGUAAGGCCAACCAAGGAUAGGCAUUACGGGUCGGGGUGUUAAUAACUUCUUCACCAAACCCCUCGUUCGCUGUGAUCACCGCUUUAACUGCCCGAUGCGGCGUGGCGUGAGUAUGCUGGAGCAAGGCGGCGCCUCAACGUAGAUCGGAUAUGAGAAACAGCAAUUUGUAAACAAACCAAUCAAUUGAAUCAUAUUGUGCGAUUGAAGUUAGGUUAAAACUGAAAAUCACCCUAUGAAGAAAGCGUUCUUAGCAAACCCGUAAAUAACGUUUGAAAUCAGUUGUUAUAGCUAAAGCAAGUCUUAAUUCGAGCAACUGUGGCGGUACGGGUACGAGUACUACUUAUAAAACUUCAUUACCGUAAGCAUUAGUACAUUGAAUUUAUGCUUUAGUUGCAUUAUAUUUAUGUAAAUCUUUUCGCAUCGUUCAGCCGAUUACCUGGAAACUAUCUCCAGGAGUGCAAUUGCCUGUCUAAGACACUCGGGAGGAAAUUUAUUGUAAGAUAAGCUACUUAAUAUUAAAUGCACAAAAGGAUUAAAUAUAUUCGAUUUCAGUUCGAGUUUCGUCUGAAUAAAAACGGACUACGGAA